GGUAAACAUUGGAACAGAAUCGUCCCUGAUGCAGCAAAAUGAAGACUCUUUUCGAGGUUCGAGAUCUAAACGGGAUCAGAGAAAUGUUACAAAGGGAAUUACUGGAAAAGUACGACUUGAAAGUGCCAAAAAUCGCUCGGAAGAAGCAGUCAUUUCCAAAGGAUAGAUAUCAAGUCUUUGGAAAUGCUCUCUAUAAUCUGCCAAGUGACUUCAUACAAGACUGCGGUUAUGUCCCAAGGUUUCUUGUGGAAGCCGCUAACUCUGUUGAUGAGAAUAUUGAGUCGGAGGGCCUCUUCAGGAAAGCCGGAUCGGUGAACAGACAGAAGGAUUUGAGACAACUCCUUGAAGACCGAGGUAGCCUCCAGAGUGCCAAGAUUCUCAGCAUCGACGACGUGGCCAAUCUAAUCAAGCAGUUCCUGCGUGAACUCCCCGAACCUCUCAUCGUGACAGAAUUCCAGGAACUUUUCACAAAAUGCCAGGAACAGGAAGACGAGAGCAAACAAAUCGAAGGCAUGAUGAUGCUGUGUUCAUUACUACCAUGUGCACACCUCGGCACGCUCAAAUUCAUCGUAUCGCUCCUGGCACGUGUUGUGAGGAACUCAACGAAAAACAAAAUGGACACUAGCAACUUGGCGAUGGUGAUGACGCCAAAUUUCAUGGUGACGUCAUCGGGGAAGGUGAAGAAUGAGAAAGCUAACGUGGGUGAGGAGAAGAACCUUAUGGUGCAAACUGCUGUUGUGGAACUAUUGAUAAGAAAUGCUGACCGUAUUGGUGUGAUACCUGAGUACCUUGAGGAGCGUGUGGAGCUGUUGGAGAGUCUGCCCAUGUCUGAUGAUGAACACUUCGACCAGACGGAUGGUCUCAAGCCAAGGAAGAAGAAACGCCGAAGUGGAUCACUUCAGGGUAUUGUUUCUGGUAUCAAAAACACGAUAAGCAAAAUGAGGACGUCAAGUUCGUCGAUCAGUAGUUCAAGAUCGGAGCAUUCAUUGGCCGAUACAGCGAGUCAGCUCAGCGUAGCGAGCAGUGUCGCAGACACCACACCAGUUCUUGUACGCAAACGCAAAGCUAUCAAUGAUGAGAUGGCAUUCUCAACAAAGAAAAAGAAAGCUAUCUUGAAGAACCUGCCACAGUGCACACUGAUGGGCACCUCCUUCCUUCCACCCCAGGCUGGAAAAGUUCAAAAAGAUGUGACAGAGGUGGCGCUGUCGCCCGCGAUCAACUUCUGUGAUGAAUCUCCAGUGCGGUUUGCCGCCACCCCAACGCAUGAGAAAACGACACCGUCCAAGAAAAGGCGACUUCCUAGUCCAUUCAGAAAGGCCAGAAGAACUUCAUCUGGCAAAGUUGGUUGCUUUUCACCCAAAACACCCAAGACGAAGAAAAGCUUCUUCAGACGCAUCAGUGGUUCUGAACCGAAUUCUCCUGCUCUGCCAGAUUCUGGCACCCUGAAUACGUCCGGGAAGAAGCGUAACAGCGGCUUGUUCAAGAGACACAAGAAGGUGCCAAGCUCUCCUGCCCGACUCCUGGAUGGUCACCCACUCAUCAAAGGCGACAAGAAGAAGUCCCAACUCGCUCAACCCAGCAAUGAUCAAGUUUACGUUGUCGAUGACGUUGAUUUGAAUGACCCUUAUUACCUGGCAUCUAGAUUGAAGUUUGAUCUUCUUGGAAGCGGCGAUCUUGCUUCUCACACCGACGACGUCUGCCACAGUGAGGAAGUCCACAGAAGUGAUUUGUUGAAAUCGCGCGCAUUCGAAGCUGAAGAUCGUAUCACCGUCAAUACUGUCAAGCCACACAAACGAGCAUUCUCUGCCGAUGCCUCAUUUGGAAAGAAAUUACGGAGAGGCCAACCGAAUACACCAACGAAUGGUCUCCCAACUGUUACUCCGAAUAAGUAUCGCCAUCCGCCUAUUCCAUGUGAUCUCUUGUCACCUAAUGAUACGGUCAGUAACGACCAGGAUACCGUGAUCGCUAGUCUAUCUGCUGCUAGUGUGAGCGAUUGUAAGCUGGUUGAUUGUGACUCUGACCACAAAUCUAGUGACAUUUCCAACUCCAAUGAAAGUGGAGAUAAGACAUUGACUGAUAGUCUCAAUAACCAAGUUGAACAUAUGGACUUGGCUGCUAAUGCUGGUUGUGACCGAGGUCUCAAAGAGUCGACAAGCAGCAGUAGUGUUGAUAGCGCAGUGUCAACAUCAUCAUGUGAUUCAACAGAGAGCAGAGUAUCGUCUGCUUCUGUCAAGAGUGCAGUGUCGUCUGCUUCAAUCAAGAGUUUGGGAUCUAUUGACAGUGGGUGUGAGGUUGUGGAGCCCGUGGAUAUGGAUACCGCGCACAAGAUCGAACCAAACUUUAAGAAAAUCACUGAGACUGUUAAACGGCAGCAGAAACCGAGACUGAAGUCACGUGCAAAGGAGUUGCUAGAGAAAGUGGAGUCGUUCCGUAGCAAGAGAGCUACAGAUCAGUUCAGAAAGAAAUGUGGUGUUUCUCGUCAGCCGAGCAUUAGAGAACCCAAAUUCCAGAUCAUGACUGAAACGCACAAACUUUUAUCUCACGCGGGAGUGGUGCAGAAUCUUGCGCCAGUAACGGAUGAUGCGGAGUCUGUGGAAAUGGUUGUGAUGCAUCCCGGCAGCCCCAUGAAACAUGCUAGUCCGGCGAGGAGUCUACGUGCGGGUAUUGAGCAGUUGAGUGAGGAGAAUGCUAAGCUACUUCACGGUAGUGUCCUUAAUCUCCAAGCUGCUGGUAAGGUGACACAAAACAGGGGGCGCUUCUCCAUGUCAGAGGAAAAACGAGAGUUGGCCGAACGUCAUGCAUCGCCACUUCGAUUCACGCAUUCUAAUAUCAAGAAGCGUGGACUCUCCCCGGUACGAAUUCCUACCAUUUUUGCCAAAAACGAAAAGCAGGCAGCACAUUUACGAGAGAUCGCGAGGCGCGUGAAAGAAAAGGGACAAAAAUCACGAAAGGAGAAUGGUGGAAGUGAGGAGUUUGCGGUGAGCCCAGUUAUAGUGGUUGCUACUGAUUCUCCAGUUCGGUCAAAGACUAAGGCAUCUUUACCAAUCUCAAACAACAUGGCUAAAAUGGUGUGCGAAAAUGCUAAGAAAAAGUUCAGUGUUAUUGGAACAUCGAAUUCUGUUGUGUUAGAGAAAAAAGACUCUGAGGACAUAAGUGCUGAUGACUGUGUUACGCCGAGGCGAACGGACUCGAGAAAGCGGUGCAUGGCUGAUAUCAAAGUGGUGAAACCAUUGUCAAAGUUGGCAAUCGACACUGGUGCAGAUUCCAGCAGCCCGAAGCUGCCCCUACAUGACUCUAGCAACACAACAAAUGUGGCAAGUAAGCGGACACUACCAACACUACCGAAAAUCAAACAAGCUCCCUUGUCAACAUUAGACAUCACUAGCGCGUUACUCAAGAAGAAAGUCUCGGCCAUUGCACCGCAAAACCAGCUGAGGAAACUACAACUUCAAGAGACGCCAAGAAGAUGUCGAUCUCCGAUGAAACCUGUGAAACGCCUCGGGUCUCCUUCACCAAAGAAGUCUCCCAAACAUUACCCAAACUCACCGAUUCGUCCAUUUAUGUUGCAUCCACAUCGGUCAAAUGGGAAAAGCCCCAUUCCGACUCAUGUGAUGGAGGAUGUGAAUGUGUACUAAAUGUUGUGAAUGACUGUUCACGCGGCAUCUUGAAACCAAUCCCAUCCAAUUCACUCGUCAAUAGAUCUUGAGAAUAGUUUUCCUGAUGAGUUUGCAUUCCAAGUGUUAGCUAAUGCAAACUGUUAUGAGGGAAUUUGAUGAAUGGAAUGGAUUGCUUUUAUUCUAACUAUCAGUUUCAAAAUAGAAUCGACCAAAAGUCAAAUGAUAGGGCCAAAACUUCAUGCAUAUGAUAUUUAAUAUCGUUUUGUAUAACUUGUUUAGCCUUGGUAAAAGAGUAUGAAUGCCGUGUGAGGAGUCAUGGUGAUGAGCAGUGACGGUGCAUAUCGUACAGGGUGCUGGUAAAUUGGGAAUACUCGGUUCAAAUUGAAGAAAUUUGUCAACCGCAUAGAUGUAGGUGACGCACAAUCAUUUGUUUCACAUUUGUGUAGGAAUCUGAAUCAGCGGUAGAUUUGCCAUGUGGCUGCUUGUGCUAUAGAAAUGACCCCUGCUGGUUCCCGCCCACCGGGUAUUGUGUCCCUGAUAAAUAACGUGGGGGUGUUGAAUGAAAAUAAACCCUGUCUCAUUACCUUGAAUUUUGAUAAGAUUUAAGGAACAAUUUUGAAAUCCCUGAUUUCUCCCCUUUGGCAAGCUUAAUUUGGAGCCCUGCUGUGCUGAAACCUUUAGGGAUAUCCAAUGAGCAUGAGCGGGUUCUGUAGAUAAUGUUAUAACCUUGCAUGGUUUUGUAAGGAGGGCAUUGGGGCACCACGAGCGUGGACAGCCACACGUGUGUACCCCAAGGCAUUUCCUGCCCUUCUCUCUCACCAACCACAGCCUGAGAAACCAGAUUUCUUACCCCCUGACACCCAGAGGCAGAAUCUCAGAAGACCCCAGAUGGUACGCGUGGUUACCACGUUCAACGCCCAAUGCCAAUUGUUCUGCUGGGUAUUCAAAAUAUGACAGCCAUUGUUGUCAGCAUGCCAGACAAUACACUGUCUGCCUCAUUGAAUUCUGUCACUGGGUGACCUUCAGGGUUGGUGACCUUGGAACUUUUUAGAUCUUUUAUGCAAUAUCUUGUCGUCUUGGUGGUGAAGAGAAUCUUCUGGCACGUUGAGUUAUUUAUACUACAUUGCUUCCUUGAGUGCAAUGUGGGAAUUGCAGAUUCUGGCGGAAGUGGAGCAAGCCACAUGGCAAAUUUGAAUAGCAGCGUCUUGGAACUGUCUUAAACCUUUCAUGUGAGAGAUCUUGAUACAGAAUACGUCACUCUUAAUGAUGCUCUUUUAGUGUAAAUAAGAUUGUAUUUCAUAUAAUGUAGAUACCAUGGACUUAUAUGUAUGAUAGGGAUGCUGUUUUGCUAAAAAUUCUAAUGGAACAAACUAUAAUCUUGGGGGGGGGGGUUACUUACGUAUUGCAGUUCAUUGGAUUGUUGCUCAAUGAAAUAAAAGCAUUCCUGAUGGUCCAUGACAGUUAUUAUUAUGAUAUCAAUAUUAUGAGACAUAUCCUAAAGUAAUUGGUUUCGAUUUUGAUUUAGAGAAUUGAAGGGUUGAUGAUAAACUUGACUUUUCAUAUUCACUUGUAUUUUAACUUUGUACUAUUACUAUUCAAGAAAACUUCAUUACAUCACACAAUCAAUUAAUAUCUUCCGUUGGAUUGUGAGACUUUAUGAUAGGUGACUUUGUUACGAUGAUGCAUCUUCCGUUGGAUUGUGAGACUUUAUGAUAGGUGACUUUGUUACGAUGAUGCAUGCCUUGAUUGUUGAUGAUUUGAGUGAAGGUGUGUGAGUGGGAUUUGGGUGAGUCCUGGAAUGUGUGUGGGAAAUAUAACUUGUGGCAUUAUAACUUUGUGUUUUAAUCUGUCUUUUGGAAUUCUGGUGUGAAAGGCUGAAGAUGCUAUUGAGAUCAGCCCGGUGUUGAUUGUGGUGUGGGCUUGAUAGCAUUGACGAAAGUAGGCUUACUGAAGAGUUUUCAUCUUGAAGCCGAGAGCAAUGUUGCCACCAAACGAAUCUGUAUUCCAAAAAGUCUGUCAGCUUCUGCUAAUGUUAAUAGCUUAUGAAUUUCCAGAGCCUCGGAUCAAGAUUUUGCUGCAAGAAAUUUUGUACAUAUGUGUAUAAACUUGAUAUCCGUCUAUUAUCAUGUCUCUAUUUCAAUUGUAUUUAAGAUAGCAUUUGAACAAAGAUGAUCUUUCAGUAUUUGUGGUUCAAUACACAUUUUACUUAUCUUGUAUCAGGUGUUGGAAUGCAGUUGUAGUGUGGCAAUCAUGACGAAGUCACACCCUCCCUUCUAACCAAACUAUGACGAUAUUUGAAGAUAUUUUUGUAGGCAUCUCAAACAAGACACUGGUUUCCUGAUCUUUCAAACAUGAAGUAACUUAUCAAAUUUAUUGCUUGCUGUCGCAGUGGUUUACCAGAUAUUGAUCAUGUUGAUGUACAUUGUAACAUGGAGGUAUUAUGGCGUUAGUUAAGUGAUUGUGGUUGUCUGCAUCCCCCUUGGGACGGAUUUGGAGAAGAUUUGUAUCAUAGCUAAGAGUAAUUUAUGUAAAUUUUCUAAAAUUGAUUGAAAAUAUUAAAGU